GUUCGUGGCCUGGCAACCAGAAGCGGCUUUACCAAACACACAGACCCCUUCAUAGCAACUAGUUAGAGGUGUCCUGCAAUUAGCUUGAUAGGAAGAUUCAAGACGUCAAAUUCAAACAUGUCUACGAGGACUCUACCGCUGCUCUUUAUCAACCUCGGCGGAGAAAUGCUGUACAUCCUGGACCAGCGGCUUCGAGCUCAGAAUAUACCCGCUGACAAAGCUAAGAAAGUUUCCACUGUACCUGCCUGGAUAGAGGAAGACAGAAAGAGAGUUAUGAAUGACAUCAUCACCACCAUGUUCAACAAAAAGUUUCUGGAAGAGCUUUUUAAGCCACAGGAGCUUUAUUCCAAGAAGGCUCUACGAACUGUGUUCGACAGGCUGGCCCAUGCGUCCAUAAUGAGACUCAAUCAAGCUAGCAUGGACAAGCUCUAUGACCUGAUGACAAUGGCUUUCAAAUACCAGGUUCUUCUCUGUCCCCGACCAAAGGACAUCCUGCUUGUCUCCUUCAACCACAUGGAUGCGAUCAAAGACUUUGUGAAAGAUACUCCUAGCAUUUUGAGCCAGGUUGACGAAACAUACCAGCAACUCAUAGAGAUGUAUACGCCCUUGUCUAACGGUGAAUUCCAACUGAUUAGACAAACCCUUCUCAUUUUCUUCCAAGACAUGCAUAUUAGGGUGUCUAUUUUCCUAAAGGACAAAGUGCAGAACUCGAAUGGCCGCUUUGUGCUUCCUACUAAUGGCCCUGUGCCUCGUGGGACCCAAAUUCCUGGAAUGAUUAGAAUUUUUAGCUGUUCUGGCGAAGAAUUGACCAGACUACAGUUCAAUAACGGAGGGAACUAUAGUUCCGCAUUACGGGAAGGAUCUUUUGAAAUGUUUGGCAAUAGAGUCACAAAGCUUGGGACAAACAUGUACAGUGUAAGUCGCCCAGUUGAAACACACAUGUCUGGCACAUCUAAAAGUUCUGCUCAGCACACAAAGGUCAAUGCUGCCCCAAACCCUCUGGCCAAAGAGGAACUGAAUCUGUUGGCCAGAUUAAUGGGAGGUCUAGAAGUCCAGAAACCAGGAAGCACAGACACCGGUUUCCGGGUGAAUCUCUUUGCCACGGAUGAAGAAGAAGAAGAAGCAUUAAUAUCAAGACCCAAUGAGCUUUCAUACGGAGUCAUAAGCAUCCAAGCAACAAAGGAUCAACAGGCCAACGCAGAACUGACCAAGAUCAUGGGAGAGUUCACAGAGUCUGGUGAUCCAUCUUCAAGUGCCAGCAGCAAAGGAGAUGAUCUUUUGGCCAUGAUGGACGGCUUGUGAUGCAAUCACCUUGACAGAAAUCCCCAAAGCAAUGAGAAGAGUCCGCACGACUGAAGAUCAACCUGCACUGUGGCUAUAACGUGCAAACAUCCAGCAGCCAGCUCACAGUCAGCCAGAAGACGUCGUUCUUGUGGUGGCUUCAAGAUGUGCAUGGGAGCAAGGACUCCAAUUGGUCAUCAGCAGAUGUUUUUUUGCUAUUAAAAACAAAGAAUGAAAGGAAACCAGCA